CAAAUUGAACAUAGCUGAUUGGUUGGCAACAGGUAGCCACCGGCUGAAGGCAGACAAAAUGGCGACGGCAAUGGAUGUGGACGCACCAAGCUCUACCAACAGUGGCGGGAAGAAGCGCUUCGAGGUUAAGAAGUGGAAUGCAGUAGCCCUGUGGGCCUGGGACAUUGUGGUGGAUAACUGUGCCAUCUGCCGAAAUCACAUCAUGGACCUCUGUAUAGAAUGUCAAGCAAACCAGGCUUCGGCUACUUCAGAGGAGUGCACUGUCGCUUGGGGUGUGUGUAAUCAUGCCUUCCAUUUCCACUGCAUUUCACGUUGGCUGAAGACCAGACAGGUUUGCCCCUUGGACAACAGGGAGUGGGAAUUCCAGAAGUAUGGCCAUUAAACGGAAAUGGCAUCAUUAUGCCUCAGUGGCCAAUGUUAGCAGCCUCCCUGAUGUGCUGUCCUUGACAUCAGCAUUCCACUCAACCUGCUCUGCCUUCCCAGAAUCUUUUAAGUGAGGAAUGUUUAUUUAAAUAGCAAAGACUUGACCAUAAACUUGACCCUUUUUUAAAAAAAAUGCCCUUUUACCUUCUGCAGCUGCAAAUGUUUCAACUUGUGUUUAAAAUAAGCAUCUGGAAACUGUUCACACUAUUGUAGUGGAGAGCCAAAGCAUACUCCAUGUGAAAACUGUUUUUUUGCUUUACCAUCCCUUUUCCAUGUUAUGGAUAGAAAAACAUUAGGAUUUUCUUUAUGUAUUAUAUUUAAUUAAAAAAUUACUUUAGCAGAC